CCGUGUGUCAGUGCGCUUACUUUUUUAAAUGAAACGGUGACACUACAUGGACAUGAGUAUAUGGCAAAGCAGUGCAGUAGGCUACUAUACUAGUAGAGAGUAGAGACUAGAAGCGUAAAGUGUUCGAUCAGUCUCUGGUCCCGAAAAGAAAAGGAUGGACUUGAGUUCUGAUGAGUUUCUCUCUUGCCUUCUAAUGGAAGUCCUUGGGUUUGAGAAGCGUAUCAAGCACUACACCAACUAUCAAAGAAUACUCUUGGUCGGAGAAGGAGACUUCUCCUUUGCCGUUUCCUUAGCCAGAGCUUUCGGCUCUUCCAGAAACAUGGUAGCCACUUCUCUCGACGACAGAGAGUCAUUGAUGAGGAAGUAUUCAAAGGCUAUGAGCAAUGUGAUGGAAUUGGAGAACAGGGGAUGCGUAGUACUUCAUGAAGUGGAUGUGCACAGAAUGAGUCAACACCCUUUUCUGAGUAGUAUUCGGUAUGAUCGAAUAAUCUACAAUUUUCCUCAUGCCGGCUACCUGCGUGGUCAAUUAUCAUCCGAGUACAAUCUGUUUCAAAUUUGGUUCCAUCAGGAUUUGGUGAGGGGAUUCUUCAAGAAUGCGCGUGAAAUGCUUACCGAAAUAGGAGAAAUUCAUGUGACACACAAGACAACAUAUCCUUUCAGUCGAUGGGAAAUAGUGAAGUUAGCCGGAGAGGUUGGGUUGUAUCUGCUUCAGGAAGAAAAGUUCUCAAAAUGGGAUUAUCCAGGUUAUGAAAAUAAGAGAGGAGCUGGGUUAUGUGAUCAAACUUUUCCUGUUGGAGAAUGUAGCACCUUCAAAUUUGCCAAGCAUUCUACCCCUGCAAGUUACUACAUUGACUUGGUUCGGGCUUACGGUCAGGAUUCUCGAAAUAACGGUCCUUACAUGCACCACUGCCAUUCUUUUAUAUAAAGUGAUCUUAAUUGCUAGUGUAGUAUGGACCAGUACCUCUUUUGACAAGAAUUUAAGCCGAUGGUUUUGAAGAGAUGGUCUCAUCCUUAGAUCAUGAACUUUGCAGUAUGUAUCUAGGCAUCUAGUUUGCACUGAUCUUUGUAGGAUGAGCUCUCUUUUUGUGUCAACUGUCGGAUGUUGCAACCUGUAAAUUUAAUAUCCAAAUGUAGAGUUUUCCAUCAUCAGCGUCACCA